AUAAAAGCCGUAGUCACGUGACGGUCAUGCACCGCGCACUGUCGAAGAAGCAGGAAGGUAAACUUUGGACUCCUGACCGCAGCGAUGUGAGAGCAACUGAACAGAAACCGAGUCGCUGUCACUGAAUACACGUUAACGGGAAGGUGGAGAACAAGGACAAGCCAGGUGAGAUAAAGCUGACUGAGGCAGUAUGAGGGGGUCAGCAGCUCUUAUUGUGUCUGUCCUCCUGGCCGGGCUGGUUACAGACACCCGAGCUGGAAGUGAAAGCUGUCAGGCGAGGAUGUUCAGCCAGAGUUCAGUGGUGUGUGAGUGUAACGCCACACACUGUGACUCCGUCGGCCGGGUCACUUUACCUGCUGUGGGUCACUACCUGUCGUUCCUGAGCAGUGAGGCGGGCAGCAGGCUGCAUAGGGAGCAAGGCCAGGUACAGAGGAACAGCACAGGUACAGCUCUGAGGAUCACUCUGGUUCCUGAGCAGAAGUACCAGCACAUUAAGGGCUUCGGAGGAGCUAUGACUGACUCAGCUGCCAUCAAUAUCCUGUCCCUGUCGGCCGGAGCCCAAGACCAGCUGCUCCGCCAGUACUUCUCCCCAGAGGGUAUAGAGUAUAAUGUGGUCAGAGUCCCGAUGGCCAGCUGUGACUUUUCCACUCGCCUGUACACCUACGCUGACUCACCUGGAGAUUACGGCCUGCUUAACUUCAGCCUGGCUGAGGAAGACACGCACAUGAAGAUUCCCCUGCUGCACCGGGCUCAGGCUCUAUCUGCUCGCCCUCUGUCUCUGUUCGCUUCUGCCUGGACCGCCCCCUCCUGGCUGAAGACGAAUGGAGCACUUAUUGGCAAGGGCUCACUCAAAGGCCAGCCAGGGGACAAAGAGUACAAGACCUGGGCUCAGUACUACAUCAGGUUCCUGGAGGAAUAUGAGAAACACAACCUUUCCUUCUGGGGGCUGACCACAGGAAACGAGCCCACUGCCGGAGAAUUGACCAAUUACAGCUUCCAGGCUUUGGGUUUCAGACCAGAACAACAGCGUGAUUGGAUUGCGAUGGACCUUGGCCCUGCCCUCCAUUCCUCCCGGUACGCAAAGACGCGUCUUAUGAUCCUGGAUGACCAGAGGCUCCUGCUUCCUUACUGGGCCAAAGUGGUUCUGAGUGAUACUCACGCGGCGCGCUACGUCCAUGGCAUCGGUCUCCACUGGUACUUGGACCACGUUGCUCCCGCCAAAAUCACUCUAGGAACCACGCAUGACCUCUACCCUGAGUACUUCCUGUUUGGGACUGAAGCCUGCUCUGGCUGGACAUCCUUUGACCGAGGUGUGCAACUGGGCAGCUGGAAGAGAGCUGAGGACUACGCCAGUGAUAUUAUAGAGGACCUGAACAACCACGUGACGGGAUGGACUGACUGGAAUUUAGCGCUAGAUCAGGGCGGCGGGCCGAACUGGGUCAAGAAUUUCGUGGACAGCACCAUCAUUGUGGACCACAGCAGGGACGUCUUCUACAAACAGCCCACCUUCUACAGCAUGGCCCACUUCAGCAAGUUCCUGUGGGAGGGGUCUCAGAGAGUGGGCGUGUCCACCAGCGGACAUUCCGCCCUGGAAAGCUCCGCCUUCAUCAGACCUGACGGCUCGGCAGCGCUGAUUGUUCUGAACAGGUCUGAUGCGGAGGUUCCUUUUGAAGUGUGGGAUCAGACGGUGGGCUUUUUACCCUCCAGCGCGCCUCCUCACUCCAUCCUCACGCUGCUCUGGAACAGGUCCUGACCUGACCGUAACCCUUUACUCUCCAGACAGGACUGGAGGGAAGGCACACGGCUCUAAGCUACACGCGGCUUAUGUUGUCAGCAUCAAACUCUCAAAACAAGACAUUUCCAGACAUUUGUUGUGUUCCAAAGCCUGGGCUGGACGAUAUACGAUAUACGGAUGAAUUAUUUAAUUAAUCAGUCAUUUUACACUUUACAUACUUUAAUUUGUCUUUGUUACUUUGUAAACAACUUACAUUUUAAAACAAGUUUUUGCAGAGAACUGUGGGUCUCCUCCCGGGUGGACUUGCCUGUGACACCUCCCGAGGGAGGCGUCCAGGAGGCACCUCAGCUGGCUCCUCUCGACGUGG